AUGAAAGAUAAAAGGGCCCAGAAUGAGACUGUCAUUAGCUCAGGGAGGACCACAGACCUAGCCGGGGUCACAGGGCGACCAAGGGCAGGAGCUGGCCUUCAAACACAGGCCUGUGCAAGUCUAAGGUUUGUUCCUCUGAAACUCAGGGCUCCUCGUCCAAGGCCGAGCCCGCUGGUGGAUAUGCGCAGGUGCUCAGGGGAGGGUGGGGCGCAGUGGGGGCAUGGCCAGAGAGGACCGUGGGCCUUUGCCCCUGUAGAUGCCUCUGGAGCCCACAAAGAGGAGAGAACUGUGGUUCUCGACUUCUCAUCUCAUCUAGGAGGGGAGAAGACAGUCCCAUACAUAUCUGGAUGCUGUGAGACCUGGGAGUGUCCAAGAUUUGCCUUGUUGGCGCUGGUCUGGCUGGCUGCUCCCACAUGCCGUCCUGAAAGUCCACACACCACCGUGCAGAGAAGCAAGGAGCCGGCCGGCCCAGACAUGGCAGGGAUCAGAGUCAUCGAGGUGGACUGGCAGCGGCUGAGGAAUGGUGCUGCCCACCACACCCAGGAGUACCCCAGCCCCGAGCUGGUGGUUCGCAGGGGCCAGAUGUUCACCAUCACGCUGGAGCUGAACAGAUCCCUGGACAGUGAGGAGACCUUCAUCUUCACUGUGGAGACAGGACCCCAGCCUUCUGAGGCCCUCCGCACCAAAGCUGUGUUCCAGACAUCGACGUCGGAGCUGGAGGUAGGCAAUGCCUGGUCAGCAGUGAAGGAGGCUCAGAUGGAGAACACCCUGACCACCAGCCUCGCCAGCCCGCCCAGUGCCGUCAUUGGCCGCUACCUACUGAGCGCCAGGGUUUCCUCUCGCCACAAACGCAGUGACUGGAAGCUGGGCAAGUUCGUUCUCCUGUUCAACCCAUGGUGCCCAGAGGACGACGUGUUUCUGGCCUUGGAGGAGGAGAGACAGGAGUACGUGCUCAGCGACAGUGGGAUCAUCUUCCGAGGCGUGGAGAAGCACAUCCAAGCCCAAGGCUGGAACUUCGGGCAGUUUGAGGAGGACAUCCUGAACAUCUGCCUCUCCAUCCUGGACCGAAGCCCCAGUCACCAAGAUGACCCAGCCACCGACAUGUCCCGCCGCCACGACCCCGUCUAUGUCACCAGGGCCGUCAGCGCCAUGGUGAACAGCAACAACGACCAGGGCGUCGUCCAAGGCCAGUGGCGGCGCAGGUACGGCGGCGGCACCAGCCCGCUGCUCUGGCGCGGCAGUGUGGCCAUUCUGCACCAGUGGUUCAAGGGCAGGUGCAAGCCAGUCAAGUACGGCCAGUGCUGGGUCUUCGCUGGAGUCAUGUGCCCAGUCCUCAGGUGCUUGGGGAUCGCAACACGGGUUGUGUCCAACUUUAACUCGGCCCACAACACGGACGGAAGCCUGAGUGUGGACAAAUACGUGGACUCAUUCGGGCGGACCCUGGAGGACCUGACGAAAGACAGCAUGUGGAAUUUCCACGUCUGGAACGAGAGCUGGUUUGCCCGGCGGGACCUGGGCCCCUUUUACAACGGCUGGCAGGUUCUGGACGCCACGCCGCAGGAGGAGAGCGAAGGCGUGUUCCGCUGCGGCCCGGCCUCGGUCGCCGCCAUCCGCGAGGGCGACGUGCACCUGGCCCACGACGGCCCCUUUGUGUUCUCGGAGGUCAACGCGGACUACGCCGCGUGGCUCUGGAAUGAGGAUGAGAGCCGGGAGCGCGUGUACUCCGACACAAAGAUCGGGAGGUGCACCUCCACCAAGGCGGUGGGCAGCGACUCCCGCGUGGACAUCACGGGCCUCUACAAGUAUCCGGAAGGGUCCCGGAAGGAGAGGCAGGUGUACAGCAAGGCCGUGAAGAAGCUGUUCAGCGUGGAAGCCUCUGGGAGGAGGGCUGGAGUCCACAGGGCCGGCGGCCGAGGUCUCUGGCGUGAUGACCUCCUGGAACCCGCCACCAAGCUCAGCAUCACCGGCAAGUUCAAGGUGCUAGAGCCACCCAAGCUGGGCCACGACCUGCGGCUGGCCCUGUGCCUGGCCAACCUCACCUCCCGGGCCCAGCGGGUCCAGGUCAACCUGAGUGGUGCGGUCACCCGCAGGCGGGUGGCAGAGAUCCUGCACGAAUCCCACACAUUGCGGCUGGGGCCGGAAGAAGAGAAAAAGAUCCCAGUCACAAUAUCUUACUCUCAAUAUAAGGAAGAGCUGACAGAGGACAAGAAGAUCCUGUUGGCUGCCAUGUGCCUUGUCACCAAAGGAGAGAAGCUCCUGGUGGAGAAGGACAUUACUCUGGAGGACUUCAUCACCAUCAAGGUGCUGGGCCCGGCCGUGGUAGGGGAAGCAGUUGUGGUGGAAGUGAUGGUGGUCAAUCCCCUCUUGGAGAGAGUGGAGGACUGUGUGCUGAUGGUGGAGGGCAGUGGCCUUCUCCAGGGACAGCUCAGCAUCGCUGUGCCCAGCCUGGAGCCCCAGGAGAGGGCCUCGGUCCAGUUCAACAUCACCCCCUCCAAGAGCGGCCCAAGGCAACUGCAGGUGGACCUCGUCAGCCCCCGUUUCCCGGACAUCAAAGGCUUUGUGAUCAUCCACGUGGCCAAGGCCAAGUCAUAGGUCAUGAGGGGCUGUGAGGGGAGGAGAUGGCCCCUCUUCCCCUCCUGUCCACCCCCUUGCCCCUCCCGUGUGGAAGCCAGGAGGCCUGGGUUCCAGUUCUGCUUCAGCUUCUGCCCCACUGUGUGAACUUGGGGAAGUCCCUUCCUUUCCUGGGCCUCAGUUUCCCCAUCUGUAAAAUGAAGUGUUAGACUCAGUAAUCCUUAAACCUCUGGACAAUGAUGGAUGAUAUAGGGAGCCUCUACCACCAUCAUCUAUCACCCUCAUUGCUAGGAGGCUGAUGGACCAAGCAUCACAGUAACCCUGGCCCACCCAGCUCGGCCACCUCCUGCCCGGCCAGUUCACCAUCACCCCAGCUGACCCCUGGGCUUUCCUUGCUUCUCUCUCAGCUCUUCAAUGCUCUGACCAUAUCCAUACCCAAGAACCUUCUCCCUGAGCUCUGAGAGAGAACCCCAAAGUGUUAGAGCUGACACCUAGGCCUCCUCAGCACUCCCAUUUUACACAGAGGGAAGAGCCUUGCCCGAGGCCACCAGGCGAGCUGGAGGAAGAACUGGGGCCUGUGUGCAUACCGUUUACACCAUCUGAGUUCUACUCAAAGUCAUGUUCCUGAAAAUCAUUAGAUUUGAAGCAAUGGGCAAUUUUCCCUCAGUGAAGACACAGGCCCAGCCUCUGAGGGGCUUCUGCUGCCUGGAAGAAGCUGAAGAUAGAGGAGGAGCCAUCAAGACUGGAUUGCAUCUGGCGAUGCAGCCCCAAAUCUGGUCUAGUUGUGGUCAUCAGGGAUCUCAUACGACCAGCCCAGUGUUGAGUGACUUCUUUGGAACCAGAACAGUGUUGAGUCUGCAAAACAUCCCCAGCAGCUUACACUACACACAGUCGCAUCCUUAGCAUCAAAACAGGGCAGAGACCUUUGGGAUGAGGACCAGAGUGGAGACCACCAGGCCCUGCAGAUAACUGCGCUGGACAUGGAAAUCAGCUCAGAAGUGUUCUAGAUAGCCAAAGGAAUUGUGACUAAUCGUGUAAUUGAAGUAAUCUGAACAACAACAAA